GUAGACCACCUUUUCCUCCACUUCCAGCCCCAAGCGCAUCAAGAUGUCCACGUCCGGCUCCAGCUCCAUCGCCUCGUGCAGCUCCACCGUCCUGAGUGCGCUGCUGACGGACCAGUACAUCGAUCAGUGCCAGACCGACUCGGGCUACUCGUUCACGGAGGCGUCCAUCCCGACGCAGGACGUGAUCGACCUCAUGUGCGCGUCCAGCGCCUGCCGCAGCCUGUUGGCCGACGCCGAGGCCAUGGACCUGAGCGAGUGCAUCCUGCCCGUGGGCGACCACAUCCGGCUGUUGGCCGACCUGAUCGACUACGUGCCGGCCCGCUGCCCCUCGGCCACGGGCAGCGCCGCCGCCGGCUCCACGACUACGGAGAGCACGGUCAUUGCCGGCUCCACGUCGGGCAACGACACCGCCAGCUCCAGCGACACGGUGACGGCGCCGACGGCGACCAGCUCCUCGACCCCCACGGCCUCGUCGGACGAGACGUCCACCACCACGACCACCUCGGCGUCGCAGGAGACGGCGUCGUCCACGGCCGCGUCCGCGUCGGCUGCGGCCUCUGCGUCGUCGUCGGGCUCGAGCGCGGCGUCGCCUGUGGGCCGCGCGAUGGGCGUGCUCUCGAUCGCGGCCAUGAGCGUCGUGCUCGCCCUCAUGUAGACGAACAAGUUAUAAGGGGGCGGACGUUGAGUAUCACUGCAUCUGAUCUGAUGACAUCAAUACACGAAUACCUCAUUCGUUUUUGGACAAGU